AUAAAAUAUAAACAAGGGGGUUGUGACCAAGGUGUCAUGCCCCCCGGGGCAAAAGGUGGGGCAGAGGGCCUAGAUCCCUCUUGUUCUGAGCUCCAUGAUAAUGAAGAAAUAACACCUGACAUAAUAGCACCGUCUUUAAGUCUUUUUCAAAGAUGUUACAGGCAUUUAAAGAGUUCUGGUGUGGGAGAAGCGAGUGUGUAUCAUGCAUUGGUGGUAAUAUUUUUGGAAUUCUUCGCUUGGGGUUUGCUGACGAUGCCGAUAAUAUCUGUGCUAAAUGAAACUUUUCCGGAUCAUACAUUUUUAAUGAAUGGUUUAAUAAUGGGAAUCAAAGGACUACUCUCGUUUUUAUCAGCGCCGUUAAUUGGUGCAUUGUCUGACGUUUGGGGAAGAAAAUUUUUUCUUCUGAUAACAGUCGCUUUUACAUGUGCACCAAUUCCACUUAUGAGUAUAAACACUUGGUGGUUCUUCGCAAUGAUUUCUAUUAGCGGAGUUUUUGCUUGUACAUUUUCUGUUGUAUUUGCAUACGUAGCAGAUGUUACUGAAGAAAGUCAACGAUCUUUAGCAUAUGGAUUGGUAUCCGCCACAUUUGCAGCAAGUAUGGUAAUUAGUCCUGCUUUAGGAGCAUGGACGAUGACCGUUUAUGGGGAAAAUUUAGCUGUUGCUUUAGCAACAGCUAUUGCCGUUCUUGAUGUAUUCUUUAUACUUGUCGCAGUACCAGAAAGCUUGCCUGAAAAAGCUCGGCCACCAGUUCCCAUAUCUUGGGAACAAGCUGAUCCAUUUGCAGCUUUAGGAAAGGUUGGAAAAGAUCAUACCAUAUUGAUGCUGUGUGUCACAGUAUUCUUAAGCUAUUUGCCCGAAGCAGGUCAAUAUAGUUGUAUAUUUGUUUACCUGAAACUCGCAAUGGGUUUUUCAGCUGUAAUGGUUGCGGUAUUUAUUGCCAUUGUUGGUAUUUUAAGUGUUGGAGCACAAAUAUUACUUGGUCCAUUAAUGAAGACACUUGGUAGUAAACAUACAAUCAUGCUUGGUUUACUAUUUGAAAUGCUUCAGCUCAUGUGGUACGGAUUUGGAUCACAGACUUGGAUGAUGUGGGCAGCUGGAGUACUUGCUUCAGUCUCCAGUAUCACCUAUCCUGCGAUUUCUGCAUUCGUAUCAAUGCACUCGGACGCAGAUAAGCAGGGACUGGUUCAGGGGAUGGUCACAGGAAUGCGAGGUCUAUGCAAUGGCCUUGGGCCAGCUAUGUUUGGUGUUAUAUUCUAUUUAUUUCACGUCGAUCUCAACGACGAAACGCCGUCACUACCUCUAAAACCUUCUUUUUUGGAAGACAGUAAUCAAACAGGAACUACUAUACAUAUAGACGUUGUUCCGCAGAAUGGGUUUCAGUUGGUGCCAGGACCUCCCUUUGUAUUUGGUGCAUUACUUGUGAUAUGCGCGCUAUUAGUAGCUGCGUUUAUUCCUGAUGAAACAAGCCCAAUGGCAGCGGGUCCAUUGCAUCAUCACUCUUCCACAUCACGCAGGCCAUCUGGUUUAUCAUUGGACGUUCAUUUUGAACCGGAAAGAAUCGUCAGUGGUCGUAGUAAAGUAGGACCACUGUCUCCUCUAGUCGACAACUGCAAUUCAGCAGCUCUCUAG